AUGGAUAAUUCUACCAGCAUUACAUAUUUCACUCUGGAGGGACAUGUGGGUUUAGAGUACUACAGAUACUUUUAUUUUACAUUUGCUCUCACUGUUUAUUUAAUGAUAAUUUGCUUUAAUACUGUUAUCAUUUCUAUCAUAUACAAAAACAAACACUUGCAUGAGCCCAUGUACAUUUUCAUUGCAGCUUUGCUUUGUAAUUCUCUGUUUGGAUCGACUGCUCUUUAUCCUAAACUGCUCACUGAUUUAAUGUCUGAAAAUCAAAUCGCUUCUUAUGAAGCUUGUAUAUUUCAGGCAUUUUGUAUGUACACCUAUGCUUCAUCAGAAUUUGUUCUGUUAUCAGCUAUGGCCUAUGACAGAUAUGUGUCUAUCUGUAAACCAUUACACUAUGCAACUAUUUUAAAAAUGCACAUUGUCAAAAAACUCUUAUUUUUGUCAUGGUUUUUGCCUUCUUGUACGAUUGGUAUAACAGUCCUACUAACAUCUCGCCUUCAGCUUUGCAAAUUUAAAUUAAACAGAAUAUACUGUGAUAAUUUUUCAAUUGUGAAAUUAAGCUGUAAAGAAACAUCUCUUAAUAACAUAUAUGGGCUUUUUAUUUUCAGCAUUACUGUAUUUCCUCCAGUGAUCUUCAUAAUCUACUCGUAUGUUAAGAUACUUUCUGUGUGUUUAAAGAAUUCAAAAGAUUUCAGAAGAAAAGCUCUACAAACCUGUUUACCACAUCUGAUAAUUUUCAUUAUUUUUUCUGUCAACGUGUGUUUUGAAAUUAUUAAUUCUAGAAUAGAAUCCAAACAAAUUCCCCACAUUAUUACCAUGAUCAUAUCAGUCGAAUAUUUACUUAUCCCCCCUUUAUUCAAUCCUAUUAUAUAUGGAUUAAAACUGCAGGAGAUUUUGAAUAGUAUUAGGAGACUGAUUUCAUGUAAAAUUAGGUCUCAAGUUUCCUUUUAG